AUCAGUUCCAACUCUUUUCGAAAAGGCAAACAAGGACGUUUGGAACAUUGGGUUGGAAAAAGCACAUAUUGAUGAUCAUCAAGCGACAAAGAAUUUCCUGUAUAUGAUUCUUGGAUGGCUAAGACAGUGGAAGCUAGAAAAUUUGCCUGUUCUGGCUAGCGAGCUCAAGUCGUAUCUCUGGUUCUUUCCAUUUUCAAAAUAUGAACUCCAACUCAGACCAGGCAUUUUCUUCAAUGAUGUGUGAUAGAUUCCAGUACAAAGAGGGCGUCGUUAAUACAUGGUUUAAUCCUGAUCCUGAGGGGACUUUUCCUCAGCACAUUGAAACAUUGAAUGUAAUAAAUGUCGAUAAGGAUGGAUACAGAGAGAAAAUUUACAAAACGCAAGAUGGAGUGAAUCCUUUUCCGGAAUCAUUACAAAAUACUGAAUUUGACAUCUUCUUGCAUGCAACAACUCAUGAGAGUGCUAAAGAUAUUUUAGAACAUGGGAUUGACUUGACCAAAGGCAAAAGAAAGGAGCAAGACUUUGGACCUGGCUUCUACGUCAGUGACAGCCUAGAUAUAGCCUUGAGUUGGGCAAAAGAUCGGGGAUUCGUGCGUCCAGCUGUGCUUGUCUUUCGAGUGAAAAACAAUGAAUUGAGGGAAGGAAAACAAUUUAGAGGAAUAGAUUUAAGAGGCGGUCAGCAAAGAAAUAGCUGGAAAGAAGUUGUAAAGCCAUUUUUAAAUGGACAGCUUCGCAAAAAUAGCCAUGUUCAUUAUAUUGAGGGACCAAUGGUUAACUGGAAAAAGCUUUCAAGAGACAAUCCUGUUCAAAUGCAUAGCUCCUAUCAAUUAUGUGUUAAGAAAGACAGUUGUGCCGAGUUUUUCAAUGGCAGCCUUCACUCGGUGUUAUUCUUCGACGGGAAUGUUCUGUAACACCAAUGUAGUAAACCAAAUAUGUUCAUGCAAGUUUACUUGAAAAUUCCUUUUGUGCGACCAAAUAAUUUAAUUGUCAAACAGUGAGAUUGGCUAUUUCCUGAGAUUUCUUAAGGCCUGUUCUUGCAUAUUCAUUUAGCUAUUUCCUACGUGUCGAAAUCUGCGUUGCAUGGCUUUGCACUUAAAGUAACAUGUUGUCUAAAGUGAGCAGGGAAAGUUUUAGUGAGUUGCGAGAAAGGAUACCGAUAAGCAGAGGCCGAAAACGGUUGAAGGCCCAAGUUUUGUCUGAUCAUGGUGAGAUCAGAUAGAGUAUAUAAAGCCAGUGAAAUUGAGCUAAACAUGUCUGUGGAGCAGUUCUCAAUUUAACUUGGAAGUAAUCCUGAGUUGCAUUCAUGUUGCUUCCAAGAGCUCUUUUUGUUCCCAAUAGUCUUGAAACUCAAUGCAAUGCAGCGCCCACGACAUCAACCGCUGACUGUCGUGGAUUUCGGCAUGGAUACAACGUUAAAAACAUGCAGAUGUUUUACCUAAAUGCAACCAUAAGUAAUUUAUCUCUACAGCAAAUUCACCUUUUACAGAAACUUUAUCAAAGCUUUAUUACAGUUACGACUACAUAAACAGACUUCUUUUCAAAGUUGCCCAUUCUUCCUGAAAAUCAUCUGAUAAGCAAUUCCUCUCAAGUGUUGCCAAUUUAGUUCGCCUUCAUAUUAGGAAUCAAUUUUGCAGCCAUUGAGUAAACUUUUAAAGAGAAAUAAAGCACAUUUAUCAGGGCAUCUCACAUUGAAAAGGGAUCACAUUAGUGUUCGAUGUGUUUUAAUGUAAUGACCUAUCGGUCUAAACCGACGUGUAGUUAUGACGAGUGAAAUGGCCUUACCCUCACCAAACGAACAGAUAGGCUACAGAUAUGUUCCACCGGUCUGCAGCAUAUCUGUGAAAUAUCUGCAUGACCUAUCUGUAACAUAUCUGUAACAUAUAAGAAUUUGGCCCCAAAUUUCUAACUGUGACAGAUCUGUGACAGUUAUGAAAAACCAACAGUACAUACAUAUCUGUGGAAAUAUCUGCUACUACAGAUACGUUAGCUAUCUGUUGAUCCCUACGGUGGCGAUAGGGGAGGCUAUCGAGGGGGGCAUGGGAUGUAGUUCAUUAACUAAGAACAAGUGAAUAAGACACUCCAAUGUUAUCUAUUUGACAUAGUUUAUUGAUAUAAAUUAAGUAUGUAUGCAAUUUUCAUUUCUCUUC